AGGACACCGCAGAUUUGGUAGAUGUGCAUGGAAUGUGUCGUGUUCCGGCCAGCGUUGGGUAACGAGCGGGGAAAGGAGUGAGUGAGUGGAAGCGUGAUACACAGCACCACCGGAUAGUGGUUGUAUCGUCCUCGAACCGUCACGCUCGCGCUUAAACUGUGCGUUUUUCUACGGUGCGUGCGUGUGCGCUGGUGGUUGUGCUGGUUAUAGUUUCUGUAUCUGAUUGGUGCUUCGUGAAGAACCGCGUUGAGUGUUCUUAACAGGCAGGUCUACGAUAUCCAACUGCCUUCAGCUCACAGGAAAUGACAAGGAAUCGUUCAUCGGUCUAACGUGUCCCCGGGUUCGUCGCUUAUCAGCAGUGCACCGUGCAGUCGUUGAAGUCUUUCCUUCUUCUUUGUUGCACAAAGCGUAUCACGAGAGUGCUGCUUAGCGUAAGUAGCCGUCAAAGUGUGUUUAUUGUUCGUGUACCGUGAGUGAGUGUAAAAAUUUGGAGGAUCAGUAGCGGUGGAGCGGAAAAAAGUGAUAAAUAAUAUGAAUAGUGAAGUAUAAAUGCAACAACGGUGACGUAGAGCCCGGAGCUCGAGAAACGCGAAUGCUGCGUUGCUGAAAUACAAAAGAAGCUGAACGGAGCUGAGUGCAAUCAAGGUGCAACGCGGAAAUAAAGUGCAAUCGUGGUGAAGGAGCGAAAUUAAAGGUAAAAAUAAGCGCCAACCAAUAUACCGUGUACGCGCCUUUAGGGCGAGUGCCGUUUGUGCCAGUGUGCGGUGUGGAUUUGCAAUGAAAGGUGGAUUAUACGGAGCUAAGCUACUGCAGAGGCGGGAAACGAUAGAUUAAAUCAGCGAGCGUCUCGUGUCACCGUCAGCGAUCGCUGCCGGGGAUAAACAUCAAGUUCCGGCACACGGCACGGCAGUAGACAAAAGCCACAACUCGACCAUGUCCCGCUGAUGCAGCUCUGUGGCGAUUAACAGCAAAGUGUGCCAAACCGAAACCGCCAGGAAACGACAAAGUUGAAUCGAAACUUUCCGUGCCAAUUUUACAACGAAACAGUGCAAUAGACGCAAACGAAGCACGAAGACAUAAUGUCUGCAUCGCCUGAAAUGCAUCAUCAACAUCAACAGCUUCAACAGGAAGCACCGCUAUCGGGCGAUAUGAAGCCGACUAAUGCCGAAGGAACUCCUCCGCCAGAGCUCGCCACUAUGACAACUGUAAGCGUGCUGGAUCUGCACAAGGAUUACAAUGGUGGUGCCGGAGUAAGUCCAAAUGGAACGGCCACCGGUGCCGGCACAGUGACUUCACCACACAUUGUUCAUGAUGGUGCCACCGAUAUGAGUCUGCCGGAUGAUGGAACGACGGAGAAAGUGUAUGAUAAGGAGACAAACACGGUAUAUGUCUAUACCACAGCUGCUGGGGCGGCAGGACAUAAGCUGGCUGCGAAUGCACAUCAUCAUCAGCUGACUACUAUCGUACACGGUCAGCAGCAGCAACAGCAGCAGCAAAUGCACUCACCCGAUCAGAUGCAUCCGAGCGAACAUCAUGCAGUCGCCGAACAAAAUCUGCUCCAUGCUCGGCUGAUCCAGCAACAGCAACAGUCAGCGGAUGAGCAACAGCACUUGCAGCGGAUGUCUCCUGGUGAGCAACAUCAGCAGCAUCACCAGCAACAUCAGCAAGUGCACCCGGACGACGGUGCUAUCAUCGAUGGGCAUCGUUUGUUGCCGGCGACAAUAAACGGCAACGACGGUGGUUCAGGUGAUCCGCAACACCAUCAUCACCAUCACAUUGGCCGAAUGUCGCCCGAGGAGCAGCAGGGCGGUGUACGGUUGCUCGAGGACAGUCACAUUCAGCGGCUGCUCGGCAAUCAGGAAAUUAUCAGUCGAGACAUCAUAAACGGUGAACAUCACAUCAUAACGCGCAACGAGAACGGUGAGACGAUCCUGACACGCAUUGCCAUCUCCACCGCCGACCAGCUACUGAACCGGAUGGACAAUAGUAUCAUCUACACGACGACCAGCGGUGCCGGUGGUGGUACCGGUGCGGUCGGUGUAGGGCCACAGGAGCAGCUGCCGACCACGGUGCUGCAGUACGAGAAGGACGUGGAGGACAAGCAUCAGCAGCCACAGCAGCAGCACCAUGGCCAUCCGCACGGUGCUCAUGCGCAUCAACCGCAGACGAUCUACGCUACGGCCGGUGGACCGCCGGACCAGACCCAGACGAAGCAGAUCGUGUACACGCUCGGUGGCGGUGAACCGAAGAACGUUAUCUAUGGUGAUCCGAAGGCGGCUAUGCCACAUUUUGAGACGGUUCCGGGAGCCGGCGGUGGUGGUAGCGGUGGUGGCAGUGGACCCGGAUCGGGCGAAGAAGAUAAACCUCAGAUCGACUACGUUUACAAUGAGGGCAACAAAACGGUGAUCUACACCGACCAGAAGGGGCUGGAAAGUUUGUACGCAAACAAUGAGCUCGGCUUGAUCGAUGGUACGCAGAUUGUGGUGCAGGGCAAUCUGCAGUACACGCAGCAGCAGGGACCGGACGGUACGACGGUGUACGUGGUGUCCUCGGAUAUGAACCCGGAAGAUAUUAGCGGCCUUCAGCAAAGCACAAACGCGGGCGCCAAGCUUAAUGGACAGACACUGCAAGCAAUGGAUCUGCUCCUUGGUGCGCAUCCAUCAACACAAGCGAUCAACGUGAAGCGUGAACCGGAAGAUUUGCGCAAGGAGCCGAAAAACCCGCGCAGCCAGAAGGUAUCGUCGCCUUCGGUGCACAUUAAAGAACCUCCACCCAGCCCUGGAAGUCCUUCAACGGAAACCAUGUAUGCUGCCCCCGGCAGCACGCAGAUCUACCUGCAGGGUCCUUCCCACCAGAAUAGUACAGCGGCAACGGCAAGCUCCAAUGUGAAUACUAAUUCGCCCAGUCCCAGCUCUUACGCUCAGUAUGACAUGUAUCCGCCGAAUAGACUUGGCCCUGGUGGGUCAACGUUCAUCACAGAACCGUACACGUACCGUGAAUAUUUCGACAACCAGGGUUACGCACCGGCCCGGACCAUCUACGGUACGGCACCCGACUCCGAAGGUCCGCAGCCAGCCACUACGUACGAGGGUCGCUUCACAAAGACCGGUUCGAUCUACACCAAGACGAUCACGUCGGCCGGCCUAACGGUGGAUCUGCCGAGCCCGGAUUCGGGCAUCGGUGCGGAUGCGAUUACGCCGCGCGACCAGAACAACGUCCAGCAGCAGUUUGACUAUACGGAACCGUGCCAGGCACCGAUCGGUAUGGUCGAUCCGAACGCCGCCGGCCAUAUACCCGCCUGCGUGGCCAAUCUGCAGCGCAAUCUAACGAUCAACGGUAGCCAACCGAGUCCGACCACAUCGUUGGGCGGUUCGUCGACGGCGGCCGCUGUUGCGGGGCCCGGCGCUGCGACGGCACCCCGUUCCCGACCCUGGCACGACUUUGGUCGACAGAAUGAUGCUGACAAAGUUCAGAUACCAAAAAUAUAUACGGACGUUGGCUUCAAAUACUAUCUGGAAAGCCCGAUCAGCUCGUCCCAGCGCCGGGAAGACGAUCGGAUAACGUACAUCAACAAAGGACAGUUCUACGGCAUUACGCUCGAGUAUGUGCACGAUCCGGACAAGCCGCUUAAAAAUCAAACCGUCAAGAGCGUCAUCAUGCUGCUGUUCCGCGAGGAGAAAAGCCCGGAGGAUGAAAUUAAAGCCUGGCAGUUCUGGCACAGUCGGCAGCAUUCGGUAAAGCAGAGAAUAUUAGAUGCCGAUACGAAAAACUCCGUCGGUUUGGCCGGUUGCAUCGAGGAAGUAUCGCACAACGCAAUCGCCGUGUACUGGAAUCCUCUCGAGAGCUCCGCCAAGAUCAACGUCGCCGUCCAGUGUCUGAGUACGGAUUUCAGCAGUCAAAAGGGUGUUAAGGGCUUACCGCUGCACCUUCAAAUCGAUACGUUCGAAGAUCCCCGCGAUACGAGCGUUUUCCAUCGGGGUUACUGUCAAAUCAAAGUCUUUUGUGAUAAGGGUGCCGAACGGAAGACACGCGAUGAAGAACGACGAGCAGCAAAGCGCAAGAUGACCGCCACUGGAAGGAAAAAGCUGGACGAACUGUAUCACCCGGUGGUCGAUCGAUCCGAGUUUUACGGUAUGAGCGAUCUAUUGAAACCGCCAGUCCUUUUCUCGCCCUCGGAGGACAUCGAUAAGCUAACAUCCAUGGAUAUGCAGUUCUACGGUCACGAUGCUGACUCUCUCUCCGGCACCUCCGACAACGUCAAGUCGCCCUUCCUGCUGCACGCCAACAAACCGGCCACACCAACGCUGAAGUUCCACAAUCACUUCCCACCGGACGUACCGACUGACAAAAAAGAUCCGAGCAUCAUCAUGGACGGUUCGCUGGUGGGAAAUUCGAUGGUCGACUUUACGCCACAAAUCAAACGUCAGCGAAUGACACCGCCGCUUAGUGAACGGGUUAUGUUGUACGUGCGCCAGGACAAUGAGGACGUCUAUACGCCCCUUCACGUCGUCCCACCUAGUACGGUCGGGUUGCUAAAUGCGAUUGAAAAUAAAUUCAAAAUUUCCUCGUUGAGAAUUAACACUAUUUAUCGCAAAAAUAAGAAAGGAAUUACGGCGAGAAUUGAUGACGACAUGAUCAGACACUACUGCAACGAGGACAUCUUCAUCCUGGAAGUCCAGCGGUACGAGGAGGACCUGUACGACAUCACGUUAACGGAGCUGCCAACGCACUAGAACGCCCGCACUCCCCCCUUGCUCGGUCCUCCACCGUCCCGGCGUCCGCAGUGCCAUACUAUUGUGCGCCAUUCUGCCUACACCAGCUCUCCGGAGUUUGGUGGGCUUAGUACAGACAUAUGACAGAAAUUGAAGAAUAUGCACACAUCUUGCCAUCGACGCAGCACGGGAAGCUGCCAUUGCCAACGUGCCAAAACAGCGCAUCAUACGCAGGCCUACACCCUUGGAAUAGGAUAUGACGCUGAAGUUUUCCCUUUUGCCUUCCCCCAGGGGGUACAAAUAGCGGGGGAUGAUCCGACGAGGGAAAGGCGAGAGGUCGUCAAGAGUGCCGAGACAAUUCGUUAAGUUUUCGCCAUAGCAAGUUUAUGGUUUAUGUAAGCGACCAAUGCGUGCGAAAGUUGGUGUUUUUUUUAUUAUCAUCUUUAAUUAAGAAGAACAUUGAAAUGAAUAAUCGUAACGCGAGUAAAAAUA